GCCGUGGUCAACGUCAAGGACAACCCGCCCAUGAAGGACAUGUUCAAGCUGCUGAUGUUCCCCGAGAGCCGCAUCUUCCAGGCCGAGAACGCCAAGAUCAAGAAAGAGUGGCUGGAGGUGCUGGAGGAGACCAAGCGCAACCGGGUCCUCAGCGAGAAGCGACGCCUGGAGCAGGAGGCCCUGCCCCGGCCUGCCCCAGCGCCCCCUGAGUCCACCAACCCCUUCGAGGAGGAGGAGGAGGAGGAGGAGGAAGAGCCUUCUGCCGAGGAGGAGGUUGUAGACCUCUCGCUCGAGUGGAUCCAAGAGCUGCCUGAAGACUUGGAUGUCUGCAUUGCUCAGCGGGACUUCGAGGGAGCGGUGGACCUCUUGGAUAAACUCAACGAGUACCUGGGGGACAAGCCAGUGAGCCAGCCCGUGAAGGAGCUGCGGGCCAAGGUGGACGAGCGUGUCCGUCAGCUCACAGACGUGCUGGUGUUUGAGCUGUCUCCGGACCGGUCGCUGCGGGGAGGGCCGCGGGCCACACGCCGAGCUGUAUCCCAGCUCAUCCGCUUGGGCCAGUCCACCAAGGCCUGUGAGCUCUUCCUGAAGAACCGAGCGGCCGCGGUGCAGACAGCCAUCCGACAGCUGCGCAUCGAGGGCGCCACGCUGCUCUACAUCCACAAGCUCUGCCACGUCUUCUUCACCAGCCUUCUGGAGACGGCAAGAGAGUUCGAGACGGACUUCGCUGGCAACAACGGCUGCUACUCGGCCUUUGUUGUCUGGGCCCGCUCGUCCAUGAGGAUGUUUGUAGAUGCCUUCAGUAAGCAAGUGUUUGAUAGCAAAGAGAGUUUGUCAACUGCAGCAGAGUGUGUCAAGGUGGCUAAAGAGCACUGCAAGCAACUUAGUGAGAUUGGACUGGAUCUCACCUUUAUCAUUCAUGCCCUUCUGGUAAAAGAUAUCAAAGGUGCCUUACAGAGCUACAAGGAUAUCAUCAUCGAGGCCACCAAGCACCGCAACUCAGAGGAGAUGUGGAGAAGAAUGAACCUAAUGACUCCAGAGGCUCUGGGGAAGCUCAGGGAGGAGAUGAGGAGCUGUGGGGUGGGCAAUUUUGACCAAUACACGGGUGAUGACUGCUGGGUCAACCUUAGUUAUACUGUAGUAGCUUUCACUAAGCAGACUAUGGCCUUCUUGGAGGAAGCGUUAAAGCUUUACUUUCCAGAGUUGCAUAUGGUUCUUUUGGAGAGUCUGGUGGAAAUCAUCCUGGUGGCUGUCCAGCAUGUCGAUUACAGUUUACGGUGUGAACAGGACCCUGAGAAAAAAGCAUUCAUUAGGCAGAACGCCUCUUUCCUGUAUGAAACUGUCCUUCCUGUUGUGGAAAAAAGAUUUGAGGAAGGAGUUGGAAAGCCAGCCAAGCAGCUACAGGAUCUGAGAAAUGCUUCAAGAUUGAUGCGUGUAAAUCCGGAAAGUACCACCUCUGUGGUGUGAAAUGACCUGACUGUUCCUGUGAACAGAGUGUGGAAGCACUUACUGAAAAUGUUGUAUGUUGUAUAUUAACUGAAUGGGGUUUUUGUUUUGAGUCCCUGAAAAAUGCAGAGCUAUUAAGUGCUGCAUUCCAGAAGCUGAAGUUAGCAUCAAUGCUGCAAGCAUGCAAUGCUUCAUUUGGUGGAUGGCGGGUAGGGAAGUUACAAGGUCGAGGUCACAUGUCCUUGGACAGCAUAUCCUGUAAGAAGGGCUUGGGUAGUGUUUGUGACUUGGGAAAUAACUGUAAUACAGAAGUUUUGGCCAAUUGUUAUGAAGGUCUUAAAUAUCUGUACAGCAUGUGGCAGGAAAAGA